GAAAGCCGUCCUGCUCUACUUCUCGGCGCACUGGUGCCCACCGUGCCGCGGAUUCACGCCAGUGCUAGCGAAAGCAUACACAGACUAUGCGGAGAAGGAUGUAGAGGUUGUGUUCAUUUCCAGCGAUCGCGAUGAGGCAGGCUUCAAUGAGUACUUUGGA